AUGGCGGCCAUGGCAGCUGCUGCGCAGCUGAAGGUGGAGCCCGUUUUAGCCAGACCCUGGGUGCUCCUGCGGAACGCCAUGGACACCACUCACGUGCCGUCCUGGUUGCAGCGCAGCCACCUCGAAUUCACGGAGAAGCUCUUUUGCAAAGGCAUUCAUGCCAAUCCAAUCCUUGUGGCACAAACCCUCUACAAGAUGAAAGGGCAGACUCCGCACGUCGCUUUCGUCGGGAGAUCCAACGUCGGAAAGUCCACCCUGUUGAACAUGUUGCUGCAUCGUCGGCCUUCUCCUGUUCCUGAGCACUGGAGCAACAGCAGGAAGUUGCACUUGCCUACCGCUGCCCCUGUGUCGCACACGCCUGGAAGGACUCGGCACUUGUUCCGCUUUGAGCUUGGUGGAACCCUGACGUUGGUGGAUCUGCCCGGCUAUGGACAUGCCGCAAAGACUCCAAAGGAGGUCAAGGAAAGCUGGAGGGAGCUGGUCGACGGAUAUUUGACCAAUGCAGAUCAGCUUCGGCUUGUCGUUUCCUUGGUGGAUGGCAGAGUCGGCGUGAAGCGAUCAGACGAGGAGCUGUGGGAGCUCUUGGAAGAACGGCAGCGGCAGCUAAUGGUGGUGCUCACCAAGGUUGACCAAUGUUCGCCGGAAGUGCUCAACAGGACCAUGGCCCAUGUCGUGUCUCUUCUGGAGAUGAAGAAAGCCACUUUCAUCUGGCCCUAUGUGCAUGCAGUCAGUGGCCUCCAUGGACAUGGGGUGGACGAGCUGAGGGCAUCCGUAAGCUUGGUAGCCUCAGACUAUGCGCUCACCGGCGAACUUCUGCCUUUGCUGGAGAAGGCCUGCUGCCGGCUUGUCAAAGACCAGAGCUCAUCUGUUACCGAGCGCCUUAAUUUAAAUCAAGCAUUUGGCUUUCAGCUCCACCCCUCCCUGUGCUCUUUCUUGCGCCUCUUCGUCAUGACCUGGGUCUACAACUUCGGCUCUGGGAAUGCGGACGGCCGAGCCGAGAUGAAGAACCUCCUGGGCGGCAAGGGUGCCAACCUUGCAGAGAUGGCCUCGAUCGGGCUUCCUGUUCCGCCUGGCUUCACCUUGACAACGGAGAUCUGCACAUAUUACUACCAGAACGACUGCCAGUAUCCUGCUGACCUCAAGGAGCAG